UCCCCGGUUGGCGCAAUGAACCGCACGCUCUCUCCCGGCCCUCCCGUCCCUUCCCAUCAUGCAGCGCUCGCGUCUACUCCUCCGCCGAGCCGCCAUGUUGUCGGAGUGAAAUCCUGGGGCGUCAGAGAGAAGCUGGGGCCCAAAUCCGUCACCAUCCACCCUCUCCGCCGGCUGUGGUGGAAUGAGCAGUGUGUGCUGAAGACGAAAGCGGUACUCUGGCAGGAUUCCUUCAGCCCCCACCAUAGAACUACGUCUCCCAGCAGCAUGCCCGUGGUGCUGAGCAGCGGAGGACACGCCCCUCCCACCGGGCAGACGCCUCAGGCCGCACCGCCCAGCCAGCAGGGUGUGGCCGGCGCCGGACGCUCCCAGGACGACGCCAUGGUGGACUACUUCUUCCAGCGGCAGCACGGCGAGCAGCCCGGAAAACAUCGCUGGCCCACUGGGGACAACAUCCAUGACAGUCAGGUGCGCUCCAUGGACGAGUUGAACCAUGACUUCCAGGCUCUGGCUUUGGAGGGACGCACCAUGGGAGAGCUGCUCACCGGCAAGAAAUUCUGGGAGACAGACGACUCCGGUAAGGAUGGUCCGAAGGGCAUCUUCCUGGACCAGUGGAGGGACAGCGCCUGGGGUGCCUCAGACCACUCGGUGUCACAGCCCAUCAUGGUGUCACGCCGACCCGGUCAAGGCUUCCACGGCGGCGAAGUGGGCGUGGGCUCGGUCAUGUCGCCGCGAUCCGAGAGCGGCGGGCUGGGGGUCAGCAUGGUGGAGUAUGUGCUGUCCUCGUCGCCCGCCGACAAGUUGGACUCCUGCCUGCGAAAAGGACCUUAUGGCCAGAGGGACGGCGAGGUGGUGGAGGACAAGCGGGAGAAGCCAAAGGUGCCGUUUGAGGCGGAAAAGUUGAAAGAGCUGGCGGAGGUGGAGGCCGACGUCAUCAACGACGUCAUCAACCCAAACGGUCUGGCCGUGCAGAACGGCCUGGACGUCGACGUCAAAGACUUCGGCCGCCCGCCGGGCAACAUGCAGCCGCCAGGCCCAGAGGGGGACCUGCUGGGCGGUCCGGGGGGCGUCGGCGUGGACGGGCUGACGCCUCUUGGCGGAGGCCCAAAACCGCCCGAGGACUUCUCGGGCGUGGACCAGGGCGGCGUUACCAUGGACCAGAUGGAGUCGGUGAUGGAGCCGCUGCAGUUUGACUACAACUCGCAGAUGCCCAUGGACUCGGCGCCCACCGUGGGACUCUUUGAUUACACCAACCAGCAGCAGCAGCUCUUCCAGAGAAACAACGCUCUGGCCGUGCAGCAGCUGACUGCCGCCCAACAGCAGCAGUACGCCUUAGCGGCGGCGGCACAGCAGCCGCACAUUGGUCUGGCCCCCGCCUUUGUUCCCAAUCCUUACAUCAUCAGCACCGGCCCGCCCGGUACGGACCCUUACGCGGCGGGACUCGCGGCGGCGGCAACGCUCGGUCCGGCGGUGAUGCCUCCUCAAUACUACGGCGUCACCCCGUGGGGCGUGUACCCCGCCAAUCUGUUCCAGCAACAGGCGGCCGCCGCCGCCAACAACUCUGCCAAUCAGCAGGCGGCAAACCAGAGCCAGCAGAACCAACAGCAGGUGAUGCGUGCCGGAGGCAACCAGCGUCCCUUAACGCCCAGCCAGGGGCAGCAAGGCCAGCAGAAUGAGCAGCUGGUUGCCACGGCGGCCGUCAACUCCGCCCUUGCCUUCGGGCAGGGGCUCGCUGCAGGAGUGCCCGGUUACCCGGUCCUGGCCCCGGCAGCCUACUACGACCAAACAGGCGCCCUGGUGGUCAACACUGGAGCUCGUAGCGGCCCCGUUCGCCUUAUGGCGCCUGCUUCUGUCAUCAUAUCGCCUUCUGCCGCGCAAGCAGUUGCUGCUGCGGCAGCCUCGGCGGGCGGCGCCAACGGCGGCCUGGGCGGCGGCGCCAACGGCCCCUUCCGUGCCAUGACGUCCCAGCAGCACCAGCACCAACAGCAGCAGCAGGGUGGACCCGGCGGCGGCCCUCUGGGCGGCAGCUCCUUCUACGGCUCAUCCUCGCUCAGCUCGUCUUCGCAGAGCUCCUCGCUCUUCUCACAGGGCUCCGGCCAACCCGGCCCGGGUUCCGCUUCCCUUGGCUUCAGCCAGCAAGCCUCCUCGUCCCUGGGCGCCACGUUGGGGGCCACGUUGGGAGGCUUCGGCACUGCAGUGGCCAACUCUAGCGGUGGCAGCGGCUCGCGGCGGGACUCACUAACAGGCAAUAGCGAGCUGUACAAGCGCACACCCUCCAGCCUCACGCCCAUCGGCCACAGCGGCUUCUACAACGGCACGCUGGGCUUCAGCCCCUCACCCGGCCCGGUGGGCAUGCCACUACCCAACCAGGGCCCGUCCCACUCGCUUACCCCACCGCCCUCACUCUCCAACCACAGUUCCUCAUCCAACCUCAAUUUGGGUGGCCUGACCAACGGGAGCGGGCGGUUCAUCUCGGCCGCCCCGGGCGCCGAGGCCAAGUACCGCAGCGCCGCCAGCUCGGGCUCGUCGCUCUUCUCCCCCAGCAGUCAGCUGUUCCCGUCGUCGCGGCUACGCUACGGCAUGUCGGAUGUAAUGCCGUCAGGACGCAGCCGCCUGCUGGAGGACUUCCGCAACAACCGCUACCCCAACCUGCAGCUUCGCGACAUCGCCGGACACAUCAUGGAGUUCAGUCAGGACCAGCACGGAAGCAGGUUCAUUCAGUUAAAGUUAGAACGAGCCAGUCCAGCUGAGCGCCAGCUUGUCUUCAGUGAAAUCCUGCAGGCCGCCUACCAGCUGAUGGUGGACGUCUUUGGCAACUAUGUUAUCCAGAAGUUCUUUGAGUUUGGCAGCUUGGACCAGAAGCUGGCGCUGGCUGAGCGCAUCCGCGGCCACGUCCUGUCGCUGGCCCUGCAGAUGUACGGCUGCAGAGUCAUCCAGAAGGCGCUGGAGUUCAUCCCGUCCGAUCAGCAGGUCAUUAGCGAGAUGGUGCGCGAGCUGGACGGCCACGUGCUCAAGUGCGUGAAGGACCAGAAUGGCAACCAUGUGGUGCAGAAGUGCAUUGAGUGUGUGCAGCCGCAUGCGCUGCACUUCAUCAUAGACGCCUUCAAGGGACAGGUGUUUGCCUUGUCCACUCACCCGUACGGCUGCCGAGUCAUCCAGCGCAUCCUGGAGCAUUGCUUGCCCGAGCAGACGCUGCCCAUCCUGGAGGAGCUCCACCAGCACACGGAGCAGCUUGUGCAGGACCAAUACGGCAACUACGUCAUCCAGCAUGUGUUGGAGCACGGCCGAGCCGAAGAUAAGAGCAAGAUCGUGGCGGAGAUCAGAGGGAACGUGCUGGGACUCAGUCAGCACAAGUUUGCCAGCAACGUGGUGGAGAAGUGCGUGACGCACGCGUCGCGGGCAGAGCGAGCGGUGCUGAUCGACGAAGUGUGCAGCCUGACGGAGGGCCCCCACAGUGCCUUAUACACCAUGAUGAAGGACCAGUACGCCAACUACGUAGUGCAGAAGAUGAUCGACGUGGCCGAGCCCACCCAGCGCAAGAUCGUCAUGCACAAGAUCCGGCCGCACAUCUCCACGCUGCGGAAGUACACGUACGGCAAACACAUCCUGGCCAAGCUGGAGAAGUACUACAUGAAGAACGGCGUGGACCUGGGACCCCUGUGCGUGCCCCCCAAUGGCAUCAUGUAACCCCCAGCACCACCACCCCUCAAAUAUGGUCGUAACCCCUUCAAGAAUUACCACCCCCAGACCUUUCCAGUCCCUCAGUUUCCAUGGUAACUCUUUCAAUAGUCCGGCCUGCUGACCUCGGGGUUCUGUUCCACCUCUCCCAUUAUCAUUUUUCUUUUCUUUUUUUUUUUUUUUUCCACCCCCUAUUUAACUUUUGGCUCCCUACCACUAUUCGGAAUGUCUAUUUAAUUUGUCGGCCAAUUGUAGAGGAGUGCACACGAACACGCGAGCUAACCAGCCUACACGUCAUUUAGCAUGGGAGUUUUCUGGUCUUGCUUCUAUAAAUAUAACAUGUAUACUUGGUGUAGAAUCUUUGCAUAUACAGUACAUAUGAAUAUAUAUAUAUAUAAAUAUAUAUAUACAAACUUUGUAGGUUUUUUUCUGGUUUUUGAUGUUGAAUCUGUAUCUAUAAUGUAUCCUAGUAGUGACCACGCAUACUUCUGACUGUAUACUUGUACAUUUGUAAACCCUUGUAAUGUAAAAGUGCUUUACCGCCCUUUUUUGGUAUGAUAAAAAAAUUUAGGGGGAAAAAACUUUACCUGUGCAUUUCAGUGUAAAUUCUCACUUUUUGGUUUGUGACAUGAGUUAUUGUACAUUGUAAAUUGUAAUAUCAAGUUUAGCUUUUUGCUUUGUUUUCUCCUUUCUAUAUCUAUACAGUGUAGUACUUGUACAAAAAAAUCGCACCACGCUUGGUUUUAUCUGCUUAAGUUAAAAAGAAAAAUCUCCUACUGACUCCAUUGGUUUUUUUACACUUUUUUUUUUUAAUCUUUUUAAUAGAAAAGCUUCACUUUUGGUGGGAGAAAACAUGACUUGUACAGAGGAGAUACCCCCCCACCCUUAUUUCUCUAGUGCUGUAAGUGCUGUAUCAUACUUGUCCAUGAUUUUUUUUUUUGGGUUGAAAAGAGAUGAAAGGCAGCCAUUUUUUGAGGUGAAGUUUAAAAAAAAAAAAAAAAAAAAAAAAGUAGAAAAAAGCCACCUUGUGUAUAUUUACUACUACGAGCACACCUUGUAACCAUAUGUGUAUAGUUAA